CAAUUUAAAGCAGUCCUGGGAGUGACUGCCCAGAGGAGGCGAGGAUCCGGCUGCAGCAGAGGAGAAUGAGCUUCACUUUACAGAAGAAAGAAAACUUUCUCCGCAGCAGCCGAUAAACCCGGGACCUACAGGAACCGCAACGACAGCGCAAAAUCGGCGGACCCCCCUUGCACGCCAAGGACAUGACGACGUUGCUGGAUGUCAGGAUGGGAACACUACAGAUCGACAACAUGGAUCGUUCCUGCACGCCCUCCCCAACACACUCCCCGAACUUCCUGAAUGAGAGUUGUAGUAUUGCUCCACUGACUCCAUCGCAGUCUCCGAGGAGCGAGCAUCGGUCCGUCCCAUCGUCUCGGUUCGUUGUAGUCGUGGCCAUAGACUUUGGCACCACAUCCAGCGGUUACGCCUUCAGCUUCGUAAAGGAUCCCGAAGUGAUUCACAUGAUGAGGAAAUGGGAAGGAGGAGACCCUGGUGUUGCUCACCAGAAAACUCCCACGAGUUUACUGCUGACUCCUGACAAGACGUUCCAUAGUUUUGGAUACACGGCCAGAGACUUCUACCAUGAUCUGGACCCUGAGGAGGCCCGAGACUGGCUCUACUUUGAGAAAUUCAAGAUGAAGAUUCAUAGUACCAGCGACCUCUCCAUGAAGACAGAACUGGAAGCCUUGAAUGGGAAGAAGGUCCAAGCGCUGGAGGUGUUUGCACAUGCCUUGAGAUUCUUCAAGGAACAUGCAGUGCAUGAACUCAAGGAGCAGUGUCCAUCUCUAGAUCAGAAUGAAGGUAUUCGAUGGGUAAUAACUGUCCCCGCCAUCUGGAAGCAGCCGGCGAAGCAAUUUAUGAGAGAAGCAGCAUACCUGGCAGGAUUGGUGUCUCCAGAAUAUCCUGAGCAGCUUCUUAUUGCUUUGGAGCCAGAAGCCGCCUCCAUCUACUGCAGGAAGUUGCGACUCCACCAGAUGAUUGACCUCAGUUGUAAGGCUUUCUUCAAUGGUUUUACCACAGAUCAAUCAGUUGACUCCAGCUUCAGACAAGGUAAGGAUUUCACCCAAGGCCAAGAUUCCCCCAGCUAA